AUGACUUUAUACAGGGUUGGUAUAAAUUAUUGCACAUUGUUCAGAAGGGAACUAGCAGAUUACAUCAGCAUUGUUAAUGUCAAUUCCUUUAAAGGUGGUAACUGUAGAUGGAAAGCUUUUGCCAUAAAGCUAAAUGCCUUCUUAAACCUUCUGGUCAAGUACCUUGAUUCGGAAUAUAGGAAGAGCUCUUCUGUUGAGGUGGAUGCCUGCAGCAAAAGCACUACAUCAUCUGAGGGUGCCGCCCAUACCCUGCUUAUCCACGGCCCCGUCGAGCUCAAGAGAGGCUGGAGGAGGCAGAAGCGGCACCUCUUCUUAUUCAGCGAUUUCUUGCUGGUGUCCGAUACCAAGUAUAAGAAAAAACUUAAGAUAAAAAAGAAAAUACCACUGAACACCAUGUGGACUGCCAACUGUAUGGACAGAGUGGAGGAUGCCAACAUCUGUGCUGGGAGGUCCUUUAUCCUGGGCUGGCCCACGGUGACCUUUGUGGCCACCUUCAGUUCUUCGGAACAAAAGGAAAAAUGGCAUUCUUUCCUUCAAAGGUACAUCAAUCUGGCCAAAGAGAAGGACCAGCCCAAAAGCAUUCCUCUCAGAAUCUUCACUGAGGACAUCAAGAACUGUGCCUGUUCUGUAACUGUAACAGUAACAAAUUCAGACACAGUGAAUGACAUUAUCAACAUGUCACUACCAAUGCUAGGAAUAACUGGCUCUGAGAAAGACUACCAGCUGUGGGUGAGUGCUGGCAAGGAAGCGUCCCCACACCCACUCACUGGACAUAAACAUCCCUAUGGAAUUAAAAUGAGCCAUCUUCCAUCUACCACACUGCUGCCGCAGACACCAGAGGACUCCAUCUCUCCUUCCACCCUCCAGGAGUCCCUCCUUCUGGAGCAGGGGUUCGCAGAGAUGCAAGGCCGGUUCAUCCUGAAGCCCAGGCACCCGGCGCAGAAUGAGCAAGGGAGAGAUUACAGGCAGAAGACAGUUAAAAGCGGUUUUUUCAGAGACUGGGCCUGUUGUCUCGGCUCCAGCACUAGCCAGGACAGCCAGUGCACAACCCCACCUUCUUCAAAGCCAGGACAGCUCUUUGGAGUUUCCCUCAUGGAUGUGUGUAAUAAAGACAACUUGCCCUUCCCAAUCCUGGAUAUGCUUUCCUUUAUUAAUCAAAAAGGGUCACUCACAGAAUGCAUCUUCAGCAAAUCACCCAAUAUAAAAUCAACCAGGGUCCUAAAGGAGAAACUAAAUUCUGGGGUCAAAGUGGACCUGUACAGCGAAUCUGUUCAUGUGGUCGCAUCCGUCUUAAAGUAUUUCCUAAGAAAUAUCCCAGGAUGUAUAUUUUUGUCUGAUCUCUAUGACAAAUGGCUCGGUGUUAUUGAUCAAGGGAACGAAGAGGAGAAGAUGACUGCAGCGCGGAGGUAACGAUGCAAUAAUUACUCUACUCUGGUCACAUCUCCAAAAUACACCCAACAUACUAUUAGGAAAACA